AUGAAACCCGGCGCAUUACCUAAAUGGAAAGACUUGCCACCCAUCGAAGGGCAACCACAAGGCUUCGGUUGGGGUUUAUUUGAUCAAGAUGGCGUGAAAGAUCAACUUGGAACGCUCAAUUUCCUGACACCGGAGGUUGUCCUUCGCGCAGAAGACGAAAUUAAAAUUGGAAUUAGUGUUUCUCUGAAUUGGGGACUGGAGAAUCUUGCCGAGUCAACCAUGGGUCGAUCUACCUUGAAGCAUGAGCUCGUGGAUUGGCGUAAUAAGCCUGGCUUCAGUUUAUAUUCCUGGGAUGAUGAAAUCAGCUUCAAUACCCAAAGCAGUAGCCAGUGGGAUGGACUGCGCCACUGGGGAAACACACACACAGGAUUCUACUACAAUGGCUUGCACCACAAUGACCUUAUCCAAAGUAACCAGCUUGGGAUAGAAAUCGGCCGUGGUGUUCUACUGGACUACGUGGACUACGCAGAGCGGAAAAGUAUAAAAUACAGCCCAAUGUCAAGCCAUGCGAUUCUUGUGAAAGAGUUGGAUGAAAUAGUCAAGGAUUGUGGGAUCGAAUUUCUUCCUGGCGAUGUUCUGCUUGUUCGAGUGGGCUGGACCAAGUGGUACAACGAACAUGACGACAGCGGCCGAUCAAAGUACAUUACCAACGCGUAUGCCUGGGCCGGUAUCAAAGGCUGCGAAGAAACUCUAGAAUGGCUGUGGGAUCAUCACUUCGCUGCCAUCGCAAGUGACAAUAAUGGUGUUGAGGUUGUUCCAAUGGAUGAUGCUUGGCGCUUGCAUGAUUUUCUGCUCCCAGGCUGGGGGAUGCCUAUGGGAGAAAUGUGGGAUCUUGAAGAUCUGGCGAAAGAAUGUAAAAAGCAAGGUCGAUGGACAUUCUUCCUCACCAGUUCUCCCCUUAACUUGAAAGGCGGCGCGGCAAGCCCGCCCAACGCCCUUGCGAUCUUCUGA